AUGGCAAUGGCUAACGUGCUGCAUAUGAAUGGGGGAAUGGAAGAGGCCAGCUACGCUAUGAACUCCCUGCUUCAGCGGAAGGGGAUAUCAACCACUUUGCCGAUAACAAAGGAAGCCAUAGCAAAACUUAUGUGCAACUCGAGCGUCGCCUUAGGCAGGCUAGCAAUUGCAGAUUUGGGCUGCGCUUCAGGGCCCAACUCUCUCUUCCUCGUGUCUGAGGUAAUCAAGGCCGCCCACAAGCUUUCCAGCGAGAUGGGCCACGAAUCCACCGACCAGUUUCAGAUCUUUCUGAACGACCUCCCUGGAAACGACUUCAAUAACAUCUUCAGCUCCAUACAAGGCUUCAAGGAAAAAACGAGGAAAGAAAUGGGGUCUUGUCCAGAUUCUGAACCAUUGAUCUUCAUCACUGGAGUCCCUGGUUCUUUUUACGAAAGGCUUUUCCAAACUGAUAGCCUCCAUUUCAUUCACUCUUCCUAUAGUGUUCACUGGCGCUCUGAGGUACAUUUGGGUAAUUUGGUGUCAUGCUCUCUCUUGCAGGGGUUGAUAGAUCAGGAGAAAUUGGAUUCCUUCAAUCUCCCACUGUUCACUCCAUCCGCCAUGGAAGUGGAAGUCGAAGUCCAAAAACAGGGAUCCUUUGCCAUCGAACACCUGGAAUUGUGGGAUAUGAGUUGGAAUGCCUACGAGGGGGAAGUGGACUUACCUGAAGCCCUUCAAGAUGGUGGCUACAACGUUUCCAGGUGCAUGAAGGCGCUGUUUGAGCCGAUAAUUGCCCAUCAGUUUAAUCUUUCGAGGGAAAUCAUUGACGAGAUUUUCAGGAGGUAUGGUCUCCUUCUCUCCGAGUGGAUGGCUAAGGAGAGAGCUGUUCUCGUGAGUUUGACUGUCUCGCUCACUAAGUGGCGUUAA